UAUAUCCUCUCGUACACACGCAGAACGGAAAAGAAGAGAGAGAGGUAACUCUGUUCUUGGCUGGAUUUUUGGAGAAGGUCGACGAAAAUGGAGGAGGUAGAUCAUCUUGCUCAUGAAAGGAACAAGGCACAGUUCGAUGUGGAAUCCAUGAAGAUCGUGUGGGCGGGUUCUCGCCAUGCCUAUGAAGUCUCUGAUCGGAUUGCUCGCCUCGUCGCUAGCGAUCCUGGCUUUCGUAAGGAUGACAGAGCAAUGAUGAGUCGGAAGGAGUUGUUUAAAAACACCCUAAGAAAAGCAUCCUAUGCAUGGAAGCGGAUCAUUGAACUUCGUCUCUCGGAAGAAGAGGCUAGGAGGUUAAGAUUUUACUUGGACGAGCCUGCUUAUACAGAUCUACACUGGGGCAUGUUUAUACCUGCCAUCAAAGGACAAGGCACUGAGGAGCAGCAGCAGAAGUGGUUAUCUUUGGCGCAAAAGAUGCAGAUAAUUGGCUGCUAUGCACAAACUGAACUUGGGCAUGGUUCAAAUGUCCAAGGGCUUGAAACAACAGCUACAUUUGAUCCGAAAUCUGAUGAAUUUAUCAUUCACAGCCCGACUCUAACUUCAAGCAAAUGGUGGCCUGGUGGCCUGGGUAAAGCUUCAACACAUGCAGUUGUCUAUGCUCGUCUUAUCACGGAUGGCCGAGAGCAUGGGGUUCAUGGUUUCAUAGUCCAGUUACGAAGUUUAGACGAUCACUCACCUCUUCCUGGUAUUACCGUUGGUGAUAUCGGGAUGAAAUUUGGAAAUGGAGCAUACAACACUAUGGAUAAUGGUGUCCUUCGGUUUGAUCAUGUGCGCAUACCGAGGAGUCAAAUGUUAAUGCGGGUAUCUCAGGUCACAAGAGAAGGGAAGUAUACGCAAUCUGAUGUUCCAAGGCAGCUGGUUUAUGGGACCAUGGUGUAUGUACGCCAAACCAUUGUGCAAGAUGCUUCAUGUGCUUUGUCUAGAGCAGUUUGUAUUGCUGUUAGAUAUAGUGCUGUUCGAAGACAAUUUGGUUCACAGGAUGGUGGUCCAGAGACCCAGGUGAUUGAUUACAAAACUCAGCAAAGCAGGCUCUUCCCAUUGCUGGCUUCGGCCUAUGCUUUCAGGUUUGUUGGUGAGUGGUUGAAAUGGCUGUACACGGAUGUGACACAAAGAUUGCAAGCAAAUGAUUUCUCAACAUUGCCUGAGGCUCAUGCAUGCACUGCUGGUUUGAAGUCUUUGACAACCACUGCGACUGCUGAUGGGAUUGAAGAAUGUCGAAAACUGUGUGGUGGCCAUGGUUAUCUGUGUAGCAGUGGGCUUCCUGAGUUAUUUGCUGUAUAUGUCCCUGCCUGUACAUAUGAAGGAGAUAACACCGUUCUUCUUUUGCAGGUUGCAAGGUUUCUCAUGAAGACUGUUUCUCAGCUGGGAUCUGGAAAAGAGCCUGUUGGGACCACAUCAUAUAUGCGUCGAGUGCAACACUUAAUGCAAUGUACUUGUGACGCCCGUAGAGCUGAGGAUUGGUUGAAACCUGCCAUCAUAUUGGAGGCGUUUGAGGCAAGGUCUGUUAGGCUAGCUAUUGCUUGUGCUCAAAAUAUAGGCGAGUCACCGAAUCCGGAAGAAGGGUUUUCCGAAAUAUCUGCUGAUUUAUCGGAGGCAGCAAUAGCUCACUGCCAAUUAAUCGUCGUUUCCAAGUUCAUUGAGAAGGUGCAACAAGACAUCCUUGGAAAGGGUGUCAAAGAACAGCUACACGCCCUCUGCAACAUCUAUGCACUCUCUUUGCUUCACAAGCAUUUGGGUGAAUUCCUCUCAACUGGAUGCAUCACCCCAAAGCAAGCCACACUUGCCAAUGAGCAGCUGAGAUCUCUAUACACCCAGGUCCGCCCGAAUGCUGUGGCCCUUGUUGAUGCAUUCAACUACACUGACCAUUACCUAGGUUCGACUCUCGGCUGUUAUGAUGGAAAUGUAUACCCGAAGCUCUAUGAACAGGCAUGGAAGGAUCCCCUCAACGAUUCAGAUGUGGCUGAUGGUUAUCAGGAAUAUAUCCGUCCUCUGCUGAAGCAACAACUGAAGAUAUCGAGGCUCUAAUUGCAGUUCCAAUUCAGCAGUCAAACCCCCACCAUUUGUUAUGCAUUUAUAAAUAUAAUUGCCUUCCUUUUAUCAGUAGUUUAUGAUUUAGUGUUGGUAGCUAAUAAUGUUAGAGCUGCGCUAACAAGAUUGGGUAGAUUCAGUAAAGAUCUUGUUUUAUAGAUGUAAAACAGUAUAUUUCAACUUGGAAGAUUUUAUCGUUAUUGUUGGCUGUCUGCUCUAAAUUUGGCAAAUAA